ACAUUUCAGAUUUUAAUUGGGAAUUGGCCAUACGUUGGAGUGGUGAAGUUAUUGUGAUUUGAAGACGAGAUUAUUAAACAUUUAAGUGCUAAUAUUAAUUAAUUCAGUUAAGUGUAAAGAGCAAAAGUGACAAAGCGAAUUUAUUUUGAUUUAAUAGUAGAGAGACGAUUUUUUAAAAUGCGUUCAGUAUUAAUUUUAUUGGCACUCGUUGCCUUUGUAAAUGCAGUCUCAUUUACUGAUGUACUCAAAGAAGAAUGGCACGCUUUUAAGUUGGAGCACCGUAAAAACUAUAACGAUGAUACUGAGGAACGUUUCCGUUUUAAAAUCUUCAAUGAGAACAAACACAAAAUUGCUAAACAUAACCAAUUGUUUGCCUCCGGUAAGAAGUCCUACAAAUUGGCUCUGAAUAAAUAUGCUGAUAUGCUUCAUCACGAAUUCAAGGAAACCAUGAACGGAUACAAUAACACAUUACGUAAAUUGUUAAGAGCACAAAGUGUUGAAUUCACUGGAGUCACUUUCAUAGCACCUGCACAUGUCACAGUACCCACAUCCGUUGAUUGGAGAACCAAAGGUGCUGUUACUGCUGUUAAAGAUCAAGGCCAUUGUGGUUCUUGUUGGUCAUUUUCUUCUACUGGCGCUUUGGAAGGUCAACAUUUCCGUAAGACUAAUGUACUUGUGUCGCUUUCUGAACAAAAUCUUGUUGAUUGUUCUAGCAAGUACGGUAACAAUGGUUGUAACGGUGGGCUUAUGGAUAAUGCUUUCCGUUAUAUCAAAGAUAAUGGUGGCAUUGAUACUGAAAAAUCAUACCCUUACGAAGGAAUUGAUGACACAUGUCAUUUCGAUAAAGCAUCAGUUGGCGCUACAGAUCGCGGUUUCGUUGACAUACCCCAGGGUGAUGAGGACAAAAUGAAACAAGCACUUGCAACAAUCGGACCAAUAUCUGUUGCUAUUGACGCCUCACAUGAAUCAUUCCAAUUCUAUUCUGCUGGUGUUUAUGAUGAACCAACAUGUGAUCCUGAACAAUUAGAUCAUGGUGUUUUAGCUGUUGGUUAUGGCACUGAUGCUGAUGGUCAAGAUUACUGGUUGGUCAAAAAUUCAUGGGGUACCACAUGGGGAGAUAAGGGUUAUAUUAAGAUGUCACGUAACAAGGACAAUCAAUGCGGUAUUGCCACUGCCUCAAGUUAUCCACUUGUUUAAAUUUUUCUUAUUUUCACAAAUAUUAUACUUUUGAAUUUUAAUUUUUUUUUAUUGUUUAAAUAUUAUAUGAAUGUAUAUGUAUAUCUUUUUUCUAUAAUCAAGUUAAUUAUAUAAAUAAUGUUAGACAAAAGUAUCUCAUUCCUAUUGUAAUUCAUUGACGUAUGUAAUUAAAUUUCUUUUUAUUUUUAAUUUAUAAUUUGUGUAAUAUUUUUAUAAUUU